AUGGGUACGACAUAUCAUUACGGGGCCGGCAGUAUUCACCUGGAGUGGUUCCCCCCGGAGUUGCUGCCCGGAGGGUUAAACAACCACCAUCCUACAGCCAGCGGGCAUCCAGCGGUCCCCAAUCCCGUAUAUCACGACCCUAUGAUGAAUACUGGGUAUCCCACACAUCAAGGCCCUGCGAAUCCCGGGUAUCCCACGUAUCACGACCCUGGCAUGAGUUACGGAUACCCUCAGGAACCACCCCACACCACGAACACCCACUAUGCCCAAUCCCAGCCUGCAGGCCCCUCUGCAGCUGCGACUGGCGCGCCUUACAUACCCACGGUACCGGCCCCUGACAAGUACGCCACACCAAAGGUAAAAAAGGAGAGCGGCCGCAGAGAACGAUCCCGCCAGCGAGAGGAACAUCCUAAGAAGCGUGACCCCAGCCGGGAUCGUCGUCGUAGCCGUAGCCGGGAGAAGAAGAAGCCUGAGAGUAGCAAGGAGAAGAAGAAGCCUGAGAGCGCCAAAGAGAAGAAGCCUAAGCCUGAGAGCAGCUGGGGUGAGCGACAUCCCGAUCCUUACAAGCAUAGCUAUAGCGGCUACCCUCACGCAGCUGGCUGGUCUAGAUAUCAUGAACCGGGCCGGGAUCAAUAUGAUCAAUAUCAGGAUUGGGACCAGUUCGAAAGCCGCCGGCCGUGGACAAGGGGGCCGAUCCCACGAAGUGACCCGGAGCGUUACGAGUACGUCGGUACGGAGGGUCCGGACGGCGAGAUUAUCGACUGA